UGCUAUAGAAAUCUGGAUGCCAGGUAGCUUCAACAGCCACGCGACACCUGUGACUCAGCGUUUCUUCUCCGCUGCCACCAAAACUUCCCACGAAAAUCCGUCAGAAGACAUCUGUUUGUAUCCUUCUCGGCUGCCUUUGUCUCUCUCUGUUUCUCUAACAGUAACCUUUAAUAAGACACGGAAAUGGGGUCGCUCUUGAGUUCCACCAAAACGACCAAGGAAGAAACUGAUAUGGCUCUUAAUAAAGCUAAGCAGAUCUCCACUUCUGCUCCUGUCGUCGUUUUCAGCAAAACCUACUGUGGUUACUGCAAGAGGGUGAAGCAGCUGCUGACACAGUUAGGAGCAAGUUUCAGGGUCAUUGAACUGGAUGAGGAAAGUGAUGGGGCUGAAAUUCAAUCAGCUUUAGCACAGUGGACUGGGCUAAGGACUGUACCUAACGUGUUUAUUGGCGGACAACACAUUGGUGGUUGUGACUCUACACUGGAUAAGUACCAAAAAGGUGAGCUGUUGCCACUUCUCAAUGACGCUGGCGCCAUUGCCAACAACUCUGCUCAGCUGUGAAUGAUGUCGAAACAUGAAUAAACGUAAGAAUAAAUGCGUCAUCUAACUUCAUGUUGUCUUUAACGUUGAUACAAACUAUGGCUAAUUGAAUGUGUACUUGUAAUGGUUUUCUUACGCUAUGUCACUCGAAAGGGGUCUCUGCAAAAUUAUAUUGGUACUUAACAUAAAACGGAGGGAAUAAAUGUUAAAUUCCAGGAAAUGCCAAAAGGUUGGGCAAUAGAAAGGAAGUUGAACUUACAUUUGAAACUUUAAUCCGCAAAUCAAGCGUUUUCACAGCUUUCCCUGAUAAUUGAAUCUCACGAGCCAAAGGUACCCCUUCUCCCAAACUGUUCACACAGCCUCUUACCGAGAGAGCUGCAGCCGCAUUGAGGAUCUGAUACUAUAUUUCUUGAAUUAUCACGCGUACAAAACACACAAGCAGGAAGGAAGCUCUCAAAUCAAAAUGGGUUGAAGAAGCGCACAAGUGCAUCAGCAAUGGAUCCUUUCUCCCUACUCGUUUUGGUAUUUCUGCAUUGUAAUCUGGGCCGCCACUUCGCAAGCUGUCUAAAGUGCAACGAGGAAUGCCAAUUCCACUGCAUUGUAAACGUUCUCAGUUUAUCAGUACCUUAAAUCAUCAUUCAUCCACACUUCCGCAAAGAUGAACAUACUUUAGCACCAGUGAUGUAUUGCAAAGUGUUGAAUCUACUCCUUUUUAUGUACUUGCAGAUGAGCCACAAUCAUAGAGAAGAACUUACAUGGAUCUAAGGAGAAUUUCUCAAUCUUUUCUCUAGUGAUGUUGUUAAAAGCUAUGCUAUGUCGUUUUACUGGUUGUAAUUGAUUGGUUAUCUAAACUGCGUCGUUUUGUUUAGGUUGAGUUAUUUGUAUGCACAUGUUGUGCGUGUGAUUCAAUUUGGUAUAAACAGGAAGCGAUGCUUCCAGAACUGACAUAACGUCAUUUUCUGAUUUUAAAUAAAAGUUCUGAUUUUCUUCC